AUGAAUAAGUUCAAAUAAAUUGUAAAAUGUUUGGCAAUUAUGUUGAACUUUUUUAAAUACAUAGCGAAAGAUAAUAAGAGAGAAAAGUUUCGAAGGAAUGUGUUAAAAGAGAUUUUAAAAACUGAAUAUGAUUAUAUAAAAGAUUUAGGUGUUUUAGAAUAAGUAUGUAUAGAUUUCAAAAUAAAUAGCUUAAUUAAAUUUUAAAAGAGGAGUUAACAUUAGUGACUGAUCAGAAACUUCUUGAGAAAAUAUUUAUGAAUGUUUCUAAUAUAAAAGAAUAGAACUAAAAGUUUUAUGAUUAGAUAAUAAACAAAGCUGAAAAAAUAAAUCGAAAUUCCAUAAUAUUUGAGGAUGUAAAUGUUAAAGGUUUUAAAGAGUAUUAUCAUUAUUGUCGACAUUAUAAUAAUUCAUCGAAAGUUUUGGAAUAGUUAUUGAAAAAGUAACCUUAGUUAGAGAGAAGUUUGAUAAAUAAGGAAAUAAUGAGAGGAAUGCCUAUAACAAAUUUUACGAUAAAACCAGUUCAAAGAUUGCCAAAAUAUAUUUUAUUAUUUAAGGAACUGAUAAAGGGAACUAGAAAAGAUGAUCCUGAUAUAGAAAACAUAAAGGGUUUGUUCAAUGAAUUUGAGAGAUUAAACGAUGAAAAUAAUAAGUCGAUGGAUAAAUUUUUAAAUAGAGCUAGAGUAGAGGAUUUAAGUAAAGAAUACUAAGAUAAGAGUAUAUUUGAAUAGAAUAAGGAAAGAUUAUUUAUUUAUGAAGAUACAACAAGUAUUAUAAAAGAGGGUAAGGAAUUGAAUGUGCGGUUUUACAUAUUCACAGAUAUGAUACUAAUAGGAUAUGAGGAUGCAGAAAGUAAAGUAAGAAAAGGGAUGAAAUACAAGUUAGAUUCAUAGACAAUUGUUAAGGAUUAGUUAGAUACUAAAUAUUUUACAAAUUUAUUUAGUCUAGUAAUAUAGGAUGAUGUGAUCUAAUUUAUUGCUUAAAGUAAGGAAAUAAAAUAAAAGUCUAUACAAUAAUUUCAAAAAGUUAUAAAUUAUAUUAAAGAGAAAUCUUAAGUAUAUGAUGAAGAUCCAAUAACAGUCAAUGUAGUUGGAACUGAAGAAAGAUUUAGCUACAGUAUUAAUAAAUAUACAAUCUACAUUGUUGAAAUUGAGAUAGGUAAAAUUGUGUUAAAAAUAUAUAUACGAUUUUCAAAGGCAUAAGAGUUACUUAGUAUAUUUAGAAAGAGAUAUCCUUAGGCUAAAUUUGAAGAAAUAUCUUCUUCUAAUUGGUUGAAUAAUCAUUCAACUAAAAUUAUUGAGUAAAGGAUGAUAUAAAUUGAAAAAAUGAUUCAAUAGGUUUUAAUACUCAAUUAAAAAUAACCUGAAUAGUUAAAACCAAAUGAGUAAUCCAUUUUAUCUUUAUUAACUCUACCAGAUAAUUUUUAUGAUUUGCCGAAAAUGAACUAAAAAAUUGAUAUUGAAAUUAAGAGGCAAUUGAGAAGUUUUAUUCCAAAAUAAUAGUAAUAAUUAUAAUAAGGGAUCUCUGAUGUAAUGGAUGCUUAUUUUUCUGCAAAAAAUAGUUAAAUCAGGGUUUCAACAAUAUAAGAUACCUAAGUUACUCUAGUUAAUGAUUUAUCUAGAGAUUAAAUUGAAUCAAAUAGAAAGGAAAUUGAUGUUUAUUUAAUCGAUAACAAAUGUGUUAAGAUAUCAAUAUCUUAAAUCACAAGAGCUGCUGAAAUAGUCAAAGUGUUAGCUGAAUCAAUGUUAUUUUUAAUGUACUAUAAAGAUUUUAAGUUAAUAUUGGAGGAUAAAUAUCUAAAUAGAAGAGUGAUUGAUGAUGAUGAGGUGAUACUUUAAUUACAUAAAAUAAGUGUUAGAGGGAUUUUGAAUUCAUCAAUCAAUAAACUAGAGUAAUUUUGGACAAAUAGUGAUGAGGAGAAAUUACUUUUUAGAAAAGUUAUUUAUUUAGAUCCAUAAUAUGAAUUUUUUGAAAUUUAUUAGGAUUAAAAUAGAAUGGAAUAUCUAGUGCUUCAAUUCUUUGAGGAAAUUCGGGAACUUAAAUUCUUAUUUAAUCGUUAGAAAUUGUUUCUCUAUCUCGCUUUUUAUCUGAUCAUAAAGUAGAAGGAGUUGAAAUAUGAAAACAUCUAGAAGUAUUUAAAAAGUGAAAUAUACGAAUAAAUUGAAUCUAAGGAAUGGGAGAUGGAAGUAAAAAAAUAUAUGAGUCAAAUAAAUAGUUAAUUGAUAUAAUUAGAAAGUGAGAAAAAAUCUAAAGUCUAUUUGUGUUAAUAUCAAUUUCUGAAAAAUAUAUAUUAUGAGAAAGAAGCUACAAUGAAUAUUUACAAACUGGAAGUGCAUAGAGAAUUACAAAAGUCUUUGAUUAAGAUGAAUAAACCAGAUAUUUAAGGAAAUAUUUAUAUUGGAUUAUCUUAAUAAAAGAUAUCCUUAUUGUCACUAUUAGAUAAAUAAGUUAUUUAAGAAAUCCAAUAUUAAGAGAUAGAUAACAUAUAAUCUUUUCCAAAUAAGUUAGUUAUUCACACAAAAAAUAAAUAACCAGAGAAGGGAUGGAAAUUUAUAACAUUUUAAAGUUUUGAGAUAAAAAUGUUGAUCAGUUUCUAUAAAGAACUGAGUUUGAAUUAGAGUUGA